GUUUCAACUCCCCUAAAUCACUAAACCCAGAUGUCUCUCGACUCUGGCAAAAUCCCUCUCACCUGACGCUUUAGUGUCUUCUUAUCAGUCUAUAUAUGAAAUCCAGAGAUCUGGCGUUGAUCUCCGUCGCCGGAGUGAUCGGCGCCGCCGCAUACGCCACUGCAGUUCGUCUAUUUGUCAGCCGCCGAAAAUUCCGCCCGCCGUCCAUCGGUGCCGACUUGGCAAUUAGUGGGGCAGUGAAACAUUCACUGAGGAGCCCAUUUAAUCCGUCCAAACGGGAAAGUUAUUUGUCGUGGGAUGAUUAUUUCAUGGCCAUUGCAUUCCUGUCUGCAGAGCGCUCCAAAGAUCCCAACAGGCAGGUUGGUGCAUGUUUGGUGAGCCAAAAUGGAAUAAUACUUGCUAGGCAUUGGUUACAAUGGAUUUCCACGUGGUUGCUCAGAUGAUAAACUUCCUUGGGCUAAGAAAUCCAAAACUGGAAAUCCCUUGGAGACAAAAUACCCUUAUGUCUGCCAUGCUGAAGUUAAUGCUAUCCUGAAUACAAAUCACGCCUCAGCUGCAGGGCAGAGGCUCUAUGUCACCAUGUUCCCUUGCAAUGAAUGUGCAAAGAUAAUUAUCCAGUCUGGUGUUUCCGAGGUUGUUUAUUUUGUGGAGAAAAGGUUGGAGAGCUGUGAUACAACCUAUAUUGCUUCUCACAAACUUUUAUCGAUGGCGGGCAUCAACGUAAGGCGGCAUGCUCCGCGAAUGAAGGAGAUCUCAAUUAAGUUUGAUGAGUUAUAGUUCUCCCUCCUGUAACUGUGACCAUUAUUAGAGCUGCCAUUCUUUAGCAUAUUAUUAUUAGCCCUCAGAUCAAUAUUAAGUACGUGUGGAUGUUAGGUUGUGAAACUAUGGUGCUUGAUAAUAAAAAUAUACUAACAUGUGAUUGGAUCUUGUGAUCGAGUUUGGUACUAGCAAAGUAUAAGCAUGCCAAAUGGUUGUGAUUUACAAAGUAGCACAAUGUUUCGAAGUAAGAGUCACAGUUAUGUUGCCUACUGUUACAUUUCCUAAUAGUUUUAGGGAAAUUGUAAUCUUAACCUAUCUUAUAAAGGACGGAAGUUUUCAAUAAAUGCUGAGUUAUGUGUUAAACACUCCUAGAU